CCCCCCAUCACGUGGCGCCGCCGUCGCGCGCACCGGGGGGAGGCGGGAGCGGCGGGAGCGGCGCAAGCGGAGCAUGGCAGCGCUGGCAGCUGCCUCCCCCGGUGGGGACGAGUGCCUGGAGGAGGACGAGGACGAGCUGGAGCCGGGGCUGGAUGAAACAGAGGCUGAGCCGGAGGCCGGGAGCGGGUCGAAGGCGGCGGGGGGCUCCCGGGGGGCCGUGCUCACCCGCCGCGGCAUCACCCUGCGUGUCCUGCUCCGCGACGGGCUCCUUGAGCCGGCCCGUGGCGUCCUCUCCAUCUACUACCUGGGCAAGAAGUUCGUGGGGGACCUGGGGGCGGACGGCACCAUCACCUGGCAGGAGACGGGGCAGGUCUUCAACUCGCCCAGCGCCUGGGCCACCCACUGCAAGCGCCUGGUGAACCCCGCCAAGAAGUCGGGGUGUGGCUGGGCCUCCGUCCGCUACAAGGGACAGAAGCUGGACCAGUACAAAGCCGCCUGGCUCCGCAAGCACCAGCCCAACGCGCCGCCCGCCGAGGAGAGCCUGGCCAGCGAGGGUGAGGAGGAGGAGAUGCCUGAGGAGGAAGAGGAGGAGGCGACGAGGGAGGGUCGGGCGCCCGUGCCGGAGCUGGUGGCUGCCAAAAAAACGGAGGAGAGGAGCAAGAAGCAGCAGUGCAAGAGCCUGGCAGAGCCGGCGGGGAUGGAUCACGGCCCCCCGGGGAAAAGGCUGGAGAGCAAACCCCGGGUGCCCGUGCGCUACUGCACCCUGGGCACCCGCGACUCGGCCAGGAACCCCCAGACCCUAGUGGAGGUGACAUCCUUCGCCGCUAUCAACAAGUUCCAGCCCUUCAACGUGGCCAUUUCUAGCAACGUCCUCCUGCUCCUGGAUUUCCACAGCCACCUGACACGGAGUGAAGUGGUGGGCUACCUGGGUGGGCGGUGGGACACCAACACACAGCUGCUUACGGUGCUGCGAGCCUUCCCGUGCCGGACCCGCCUGGGUGAUGCUGAAGCCGCUGGCGCCGUGGAGGAGGAGAUCUGCCAGAGCCUGUUCCUGCGGGGGCUGUCACUGGUGGGCUGGUACCACAGUCACCCCUUUGGCCCCGCACUGCCCUCCCUGCACGACAUCGAUGCGCAGAUGGAUUAUCAGCUCAAGCUGCAGGGCAGCGGCAAUGGCUUCCAGCCCUGCCUGGCCCUCAUCUGCGGACCCUACUAUCAUGGCAACCCUGGCGUGGAAUCCAAAAUUGCGCCUUUCUGGGUGAUGCCACCACCGGAGCAACGGCCCAAUGACUACGGCAUCCCCAUGGACGUGGAGGUGGCCUACAUCCAGGAUGGCUUCCUCACCAAUGAUGUCCUGCAGGAGAUGACGCUGCUGGUGGAGUUUUACAAGGGCGCGCCGGACUUGGUGAAGUUUCAGGAGCUGUGGAGUCAGGAUCAGACCUACCUGGACAAACUGAAGGGCUCCCUGGCCUCCCGCACCCCCAAAGACCAGAGCUUCACCCACAUCCUGGAGCAGAUCUACAGCCUCCUCAAGCUCAGCAGCUGAGGGGGCCGGGACCCCCGCCUCAACUUGGACCAGGUGCCUUCCCAGCAGCCAGGGCUCAGCUCAGCAGCCCCCCGCCCCCAGCCCGAGGGGCUCAUCCGGACCCAGGGCAGUGCAGUGCUGCGGGGACGCUGCAUCGCCCACUGCUCCUGGGAGCUUACCCGAGGGGUCCUGGGACAUGCCCCCCCCCCGCCCCUCCCUGGCUCCUGCCCUGCCCCAGGGCAGCAGCGGAGGGGGGUGAUGGUGAUGGGACUCUUGGCUGUAAGUUGUUUGUGGAAGGGGUAGUUGAUUAAAGAGUGGUUCCUGAGAGGUGGCCAGCACGCGGCUGCACUGGCUUG